AUGCUUCUUCUUGGCAAGCAUCUCUUGAAUGUGCGUGUUCCCGCACCUUCCCUCCGUCUGUCUGAGUAUCUUCCGCUCUUUGUUAACAGCAAUGGCGCCAACAGCAAUGGCGCCAGAGGCAUUGAGAAGCCUGGUACCGACACAGGCAGUACCACAAGCAAUAAAUCUGGUGUUGAUAGCGGCGGUGGCGACUAUGCUGGUGUGAGCAACGGACAGGCUGAUGUCAGCAACGGACAGGCUGAUGUCAGCAACGGAAAGGCUGAUGUCAGCAACGGACAGGCUGAUGUCAGCAGCAGGGAAAGGGACGGUGGGAGCAGCAGCAAGGAGAGGAGAGCAGCUUUUGCUGAGCGUGUGCUGAUGGGAGCGCGUGAUGAGGCGACUCAAGAGUCGUGUUUAUCUCUGAGAGGCGCGCUGGCAGUGGUGCAGUCACCGCCGGGGCCAGGAGGCGCGCUGGCAGUGGUGCAGUCACCGCCGGGGCCAGGAGGCGCGCUGGCAGUGGUGCAGACAUGGGUCUCUCACUGCCUCCUCCCCAUGCUCGCCCGUGCCCCAUCAAAUUCGCGUGACCCCCCUUGCCCUCCUGGCCGCGGCCACUCCCUUUACCUUGGCCAUAAAUCCCUGCCUCACACCCUUUCCUCUCUCCUCCCCUCCCCAUCCCCCGAAGGCUCCUUUCAGAAGCUGCUGCUGCGGUGCGCACCUCUCCUCCCCUCUCACCCUCCUCUCUCUCACACCAUCAUCACCUACCUCUCCGCCCUCCUCCCCCACACACACUCUCUCACCUCUAUCAAUGGCAGCGGAACAAUGGGGGAAUUUGCAGUGGAAGGGGAGGGUGUGGUGUGGCAGUCGUUGAAGCUGCUGCAGCGAGGCAUGGCAGCAGCUGCUUCGCUCACAGCCCCUGACUCUCAGACAGCAUCAGUAUCAGCAGCAUGGGGCGUUGGGGCUUGCCCAUUGCACUUGUCUCUGCCGCCCAUUGUGGAUCUGCUCUCACACGAGGAUGAUGUGCUGCUGGACGGCCUAUCACUGCUCGCGUCCAUAUCAAAUCAGAUCAAGUGCCUCGCAGCAUCCAUGCAGUCUAGAGGGUUAGCAGCGGCAGCACACAAGUCGGAAGUUCCCGUGGCUGGUGCUGCAGUGAUUCGAGCAGCAGCACUGGCACCAGCCACAGCAGACCAGGCAGCAGAGGGAGCAGAGGGAGCAGAGGGAGCAGAGGGAGCAGAGGGAGCAGAGGGAGCAGAGGGAGCAGAGGGAGCAGAGACAGCAGAGGCACCAGCCGCAGCAGAUCAGGCAGCAGAGGAAGCAGAGGAAGCAGAGGAAGCAGAGGAAGCAGAGGAAGCAGAGGAAGCAGAGGAAGCAGAGACAGCAGAGGCACCAGCCGCAGCAGAUCAGGCAGCAGAGGAAGCAGAGGAAGCAGAGGAAGCAGAGACAGCAGCAGCCAGGGAGGGGAACAUGUUACAGGGGUGUGUCGGCUGGAGUAAGGAAGGGAAAGGGGGGGGAGGAGAGGACGAGGAAGAGAUGGAGGAAGAGGAGAGGGAUGAAGCAGAUGAGGAAGAAGAUGAAGAGGAGGAAGAGGAAGAAACGGAGGAAGAGGUGGAAGAAAACAAAGAUGGGGGAGAGGAGAAAGAGGAAGAGAGGGACACGAACAUGAAUGAGAUUGGGCCAACCCAUAUUGCUGUAGUCACACCGUCUACAGUCACGUGCUCCCCAGCAGGACUAACAAGUUCCACAGUGGUGGAUUCUCUCAGGUGUCUUGCUCAGCUGCACAUGCAGCUCUCUCGCCUGCAGCACCUGGGGCUGUUCCCCUACAACGUGCAGCCACUGCUGACCAGGUGA